UGUUUACAAUAUUUUCUUCAGUUAAAAACAAAAUUUAAAAAAAAACCGCUGUUUGUUGAAUUUUGCCUCUAAUUUCCGGUCGAAACUGUGCAUACCAUAUCCAACAUGGAUGAGAACCUGUGCCAGGAGCUGUUGGCCAAUCUCCAACUGGAGCAAACGCGUAAAACGGCCCUAACCGAGAUCAAAAAUACGUUGAUCUCAUCCAACAAUUCCACCAUAUCGAACAGCUUCCUGAAAUCGCCGGAGCUGCUGAACUGUCUGGAGGACGCCAACAGUGAACAGACGCUGCUGGCGUGCGACAUCCUGUCGAUUUGCAUGUGCACCCUGGCCAUCGACGAAUCAAGCGAGGUUAAGAACGUUAUCGAAAAAUCGUUGAGUCAUGCCAAUCCUCGGGUACAGGCUUUUGGGUUGCGGGAGUUGAAACGAAUCCUGCAAUCACCCCCGGAUGGGUUCGUGAAUGAAACGCUGAUUUUGCUGGUGGUCGGGUGCCUGGCAUCCGAGGGUACCAGCGUCGGAACACCGUCGAUCGAGCUGCUCCAGUUGAUGUUGCCUCGGUUCGUUCAGCUGAGGAGCGUGUCGGAGAACUUGGAGGGGCUGCUGGGGAAAGGGGACGUGGUUCGGUGCAGAUUGUAUGAAGUGGCCGUUCGGUUGGCCAAACAGUCGGAAGAGCUGCUGACCGCGAUGGAGAAGUUCCUGCAGAAAGCGAUCAAGGAGCUGAACGGAGAAGAUGUUCUGUUGCAGCUCAAUGUGCUGCAGAUUCUGUCGGAGCUGUCCGAAGGAAAUCACGGAAUGGCCUAUCUGGAGAACAACGGAGUCUUCGACAAGCUAAUGGCCAAAAUUGAACGACUGGGCGAUGAUCCGCUGGGAACGAUUUUGGUCCCGGGCCUGAUGAAAUUCUACGGAGGCGUUGCGGCAAUUCAUCCGGCCAAGAUCUACGACGGCUAUCCGAAGAUAAUCGAAAUGUUGUUCGAUUGUUUGCUCUCGGACGACAUGUCCAUACUGCCGACGGCUUACGAUACGUUGGGUUGCAUCGCUCUUCCGAGCGAGGGAAAACGACAGCUUCAUUACAAGCACGGGGCGGCAUUGAAAAAGACACUGCAGCACUUCAGCGCCGUGAUCCGAAACUUGCCGAACGAUUUGAAGAUUCGCCUGCUCGGCUGCUUGCAGUCGAUGUUCGGUGUCGACUCAGCAACGGCUGAUAAUCAGAUUUCAUCACUGACCCAGUCGUGGUACGACAAUCUGGCCGAGCAGGACAACCUCAACCUGGUGAUGGACUACAUCAAAAACCCCUUCCCGGACAUGAAGCGAGCGGCCCUGGGACUUCUGAAAGCCAUCGUUGGCCAUCGCUGGGGACAGACCUAUCUGCUGAACACCGGAGGUUUCGUAGAGUAUCUGCUCGAUCGGAAACAGGAAGCCGACAAGGAUGUGGUGCUGGACAAGUACGAGGUGAUUCGGGUGCUGGCCGCUUCGACGGUGUUCGACGAGCAGACGGCAUCCGAACUCAAGCGAUACGUCGCGGAGGGUGCCUUUUACGUUCACGGCAUUACCGAGGUUGCCAUCGAGGGGGCUUCGUAAAAUAGGGAUAUUGAAGUUUAUUUUUUUUGUGUGACUGCAUAGAUUUAAGGCGAUUAAGAGAACUUUCGAUUGAUUGAUAAUAAAAUAAUUUCAUAAAAACAUUUAAGCACAUACAUAUAUGGGUGAUUCCGAAAUGGUCGUCAUAGUAGGUCCCAUUCCAAGUCCAAUUCCCAGCAGUCUUAAGAUUCCUAACACUCCUGAGGCGCUGUCCAU